AUGCAUAUAUUCAUCUUCAUUGCAAGUCUGAUCUUAUCAUUCACAACCUUGCACUUUGUUGGCACCUCAGAUUCAGAUAUUAUGUGUGAUCUGGCUUGGAAUUCUGUGCCGUUAGGCGCCCUUUCAGGCAAUAUAUCUUGUCAGGCCCAAAAUGGUUUAUUCUCCUGUAGACCAGGGGAAUGUUUCACAGGUACCCAAUUCAGCAAAGGGAGAUCCCAAUUGUUUGUUGAAUAUUUUGUUCAACAUUGUCACCAAUAUGCAGGCAACUUUGGGAAUUCCAACCAGGCAACACCUGAAGUCAAUGUUCAGGCCACGGCUUAUUGGAUGUAUUGGAACAAAGGCUAUGCAGAUGUGAUUAGAUUUAUAGAUGGGUAGGCCGCCCGACAGCCGCCCACCCCGCUGCCAGGAAUCAAAUGCUAUAAUAUGGAUGUGGCAUUAACAUAGUGUCCAUCUACAAGUUGUAAACAUAUUGAUGUCAUAGACUAG